CUGCAAAAUUUAAAAUAGAAAAAAGGCGGGAAACGUUGGUCGUGGCGGGAGUUUUGUUUUUUAGUAAAAUUUAUAAAUUUAAUUUAAUUGAUAUAAAAGAUCAAUUUGUAUAUAAUUGUAUGUAGUAGUUUAACUUAAUUGUUUAUUUUUUUAAUUUGUGUAUAUAUUCUUCAAUAUUUGGUAAGUUUUUAUACUUUUUCCUCAAGGCCUGGAAUCAGGCGAAAAAAUGAACGAGCCCCCGGAUAUCGGGGGCUCGCCCCCCGAGGUUGCAUGUAAUAUUGUAGUAGAAAAUAGAUUUUCUAAACUGGACGAGUCCAGUGUAGACACAGAUGUGGAUCAACGGAGUGACCGUAAAAGAAUGAGAUUAGGUAAAAUUUGCAAACAUUGUAAUAAGAGGAAAAAAAGAUUUGACCCGACGCGUCGUAACAAGCAAAAAGAGACUGAUUGUUCGUGCCAAAUACCGGAUAUUGAAUUUCCCUCAUUAUGUACUGAGAUUAAGAACGCUAACGAUAUAGAUAGUUUUCAGCAAAAAGGUGACACAGCACAUAAAACAAGUGUAACUGUUAAUAUCCAACAACACCCCCCAUCAGAUUGUUCUCAGUCUCCAAAAAAUCCUACAGGCAGAUCGUUUUAUGAGGCCUAUGACAUAGGGCCGUUUGUAGUUCAUGUGCAAAAAGUUUCUUCAGAUACUGGCAUCGCCUCCCUGCACCCAGUCCAAUUUGGGUAUUUCCUAAAGAAAAAUUCAUUUAAAAACAUUAUUAAUGGUAGCAUUAAAAGGAUAGGCAGAAACCGAAUUUCCCUAUCAUUUUCAGACCACAAAUUUGCAAAUGAAUUUGUUAAUAACCCUUGCCUGACAAUUAAUAAUUUUAAAGCUUUUAUUCCUUCAUUUAAUGUGACUCGAAUGGGGCUUGUGCGAGGUAUUCCCGCAGAAUGGUCUCCUGAAGAUAUAUUAGACAAUAUCUCCUUACCUGUAGGCAGCGGAGGAAUAAUAAAAAUUAGACGCCUAAAUUAUAAAGUGCGUAACAGCUCCCCACCUGAGUGGAAGCCAUCACAGACUGUUGUUAUAACUUUUGAUGGCCAAGCUCUACCAAAACAUGUGUUUGUAUGCUACAAUGCCCUACCCGUGGAACUUUAUUCAUACCCCACUAUUCAGUGUUAUUCUUGUUGCCGAUUUGGUCAUACUAAGUCCAAUUGUAACUCUCGACCCCGAUGUUACAAGUGUGGCCAAGGCCAUACUGGGGACACAUGCAACAUACAAGAUGAUGCAGCAUCUUGCUGUCUGUGUUCAGGUCUACACUUUGCUACAAAUAGGAAAUGUCCAGAAUAUGAACGACAGACUAAAAUUAAAUUAUAUAUGGCUCAGAAAUGUGUAUCUUAUGCAGAAGCAAACAAAGUGUAUGAUCCUGUGUCAAAAUCUUUUGCUGAAAUAGUAAAGUUUUCAAACAUGCAUAAUUCUCCUAAUUCUCCUGUGCCAUCUGUAUCGCCUUCCUCUUCCUCGAUUCCGUCGUAUAGUAGAUCUUAUAACAAAAACAUAUUUGUUAAACCAACAACCCCCAAACUAAAACGACUGGGAACGCGAACAAAUAAUCCAGUGGAAUUGCAGAAGCGCAAUCUGCAAUAA